CAGCCUGAGGGCCCUCCCCGCACCCGCAGCAUCUAUGAAGCAUCCUGGGAAUCGCCCGCCCCGCGCUCCGCUGCGAGCCGCCGGUCACAUGAGCCCGGGUCUUCAGUGCAGUUCAUUAGUCAGCCAUUUUGGUCAACACCCUGCUUACUGCGCACAACCAAUCCUGUUAGGACUCAGCAUCCUGGAAGUGGUUUCUGCAGUUCAAGAUUUUUUUUUUCCCCCCCUUAAGCUAAAUUGAAAAGACAGAUUUAUUUUUUCAUUCGUUUUCCUCCUUCUGUACCUUUUUGUCUGCACAACGAAGGAGGAAUCCUUUUUUCUUUUCUUUUCUUUUUUUUUUUUAUUAACUUACCUGUGCCAGGGCCCGUGUCUUUCCAAGCAGCAUCGACUGGCCGUGCCGGGUGUAAAGCCUGGGGGAAAAGGGUACAGAAGGAAGAUAAAAGGAGAGGACGCUGGGAGAAGACAAACGUCAUUUUAUUUUGCUACGUGGUAGGAGCUAUCAGUAAGAAAAGAUAAGUGUACACUUAUUUAUAUUGAGUAGUUGGUUCCAUAAGGUGUUUUUCCUUGUUCUUGUUUUCCAUACCUUCCCCUCCUCCUCCUCCUUUCCUGAGCGCUUUUGUCUCAAAGCUUCAGGUUUGGGAUUUUUGUUGAGGGGGUUUUAUUGAUUCCGUGUGUGUGUGUGUGUGUGUGUGUGUGUGUGUGUAUUGUGGUCCCAGCUGAGUCAUCAUGUCCGCUCUGACACCUCCGACCGAUAUGCCAACCCCCACCACUGACAAGAUCACCCAGGCCGCCAUGGAGACCAUCUACCUUUGCAAAUUCCGAGUGUCCAUGGAUGGGGAGUGGCUCUGCUUGCGAGAGCUGGAUGACAUCUCCCUCACACCUGACCCAGAGCCUACACACGAAGAUCCCAAUUACCUCAUGGCUAACGAGCGCAUGAACCUGAUGAACAUGGCCAAGCUGAGCAUCAAGGGCUUGAUUGAGUCAGCCCUCAACCUGGGAAGGACUCUGGACUCCGACUAUGCACCCCUCCAGCAAUUUUUCGUGGUGAUGGAGCACUGUCUUAAACACGGUUUAAAAGCAAAGAAAACUUUUCUUGGACAAAAUAAGUCCUUCUGGGGACCUCUUGAACUUGUGGAAAAACUUGUUCCAGAAGCUGGAGAAAUAACAGCAAGCGUUAAAGAUCUUCCAGGACUUAAGACCCCAGUAGGCAGAGGAAGAGCCUGGCUUCGGUUGGCAUUAAUGCAAAAGAAACUAUCAGAAUAUAUGAAAGCUUUGAUCAAUAAGAAGGAACUUCUCAGUGAGUUCUAUGAGCCUAAUGCCCUCAUGAUGGAAGAGGAAGGAGCCAUAAUAGCUGGUUUGUUGGUGGGUCUGAAUGUCAUCGACGCCAAUUUCUGUAUGAAAGGAGAAGAUCUGGACUCUCAGGUUGGCGUUAUAGAUUUUUCCAUGUACCUCAAGGAUGGGAACAGCAGUAAAGGCAGUGAAGGGGAUGGUCAGAUUACGGCAAUUCUGGACCAGAAGAACUAUGUUGAAGAACUCAACAGACAUUUAAAUGCUACUGUAAACAAUCUUCAGACAAAAGUAGACACAUUAGAAAAAGCAAACACUAAACUGACUGAAGAGCUUGCUGUUGCAAACAACAGAAUCAUUACCCUGCAAGAAGAAAUGGAACGAGUUAAAGAAGAAAGCUCAUACAUACUGGAAUCCAAUCGCAAGGGUCCUAAGCCAGACAGAACUACAGAAGGACAAGCACUAAGUGAAGCAAGAAAACACUUAAAGGAGGAGACACAAUUACGACUGGAUGUUGAGAAGGAGCUGGAGAUGCAGAUCAGCAUGAGACAGGAGAUGGAGCUCGCUAUGAAGAUGCUGGAGAAAGACGUCUGCGAGAAGCAAGAUGCUCUGGUGUCUCUGAGGCAGCAGGUUGACGACCUGCGGGCUCUCAAGCAUGAACUCGCCUUCAAGCUACAGAGUUCAGACUUAGGAGUAAAACAGAAAAGUGAACUAAACAGUCGUUUGGAAGAGAAGACUAACCAGAUGGCUGCUACCAUUAAACAACUGGAACAAAGUGAAAAAGAUUUGGUGAAGCAGGCAAAAACCUUAAAUAGUGCGGCAAAUAAACUGAUCCCCAAACAACAUUAGUCAUUUGGCAGUUGGCCACCUCACAAGUCUACGGUCACCAAUUAAGUGGAAAAGGAAUAGAUCCAAAAAUUAUUAUAUUUAACCUGUGUUCACUGUCACCAAAAAUUGACUUUGAAUUUAUUGGACUUUUAAAAAACCAAUUGGAUAUUGGUUGGGUUUUUUUAUUAUUGUUUUCUCCCCAGCAUUAGAAAAUUUGGUAUAAGUUCUGAUUAAAUACUAAAAAAAAAAAAAAAAAACUUUAGGAAAUUAUUUCUAAAUUGACUGGCAAAUAAAAACACCAUUAAUAAAAACACAUAGGGAAUCAAAGCUUUGUAUAUAUAUUAAUGAUGCCUUUAUAACCCCGUCAUUAAUAAUAUGGGAUUCUAGGUGUGUUGUUCAUGUCGGCAGUCGCAAGCCUGUUCUGCAUUGCAGAGAGUGUCACGGUCUAGAGGUGAUUGCCGUGGAAGCCCCGACUCUUCUGAAGUAGCUCUGUGUUCUUAGGCUGGGACCCCUUUCCACUUCCGUUACGUAGGUUUAGUCUCCAAGCCAAGGAUAAGUACGUGGUCUUUCGGUACCGUUCUAAGUAACCAAGAUUGCUUAAAGGUUUGGGUUGGUUUUUGUUCUGUUGGGUUUUUUUGCCUUAUGACUUUGGACAAGAAGAAAACUAGCAUCCUUAUAUUUCUUUAAAGUACAUAGAGAUAAAGUUAGUACUUAGGUAACUUAGAAUAUCAUAAUGUGGAAGCUUGAGAAAACCCUCCUAAUAUUCAUCAUCUCUACCUCUGCCACUUUUCUGCAAUUCCACUUCCUACUUAGUUCAGAGAGAAUAAUUUUAAUUAAAAAAAUACUCCUCUUGUAGUGAAAACAAAUGCACUACACAUUUUUCAAGAUCUAUUCUGCUUUUACUACUGGAGUAAAAAGGACAAAAGUUCAGACAUGAGUAAUGAUUUCCUGCCUGUCAUUCUUUACCAACAAAUAUUUACUUAAGACUUUCUGCUACUUUUUGUCUGGAUGGGAAUUUGUUAAAGGUUCUUGGAAACUAGUAAUUGGUUAUUAGAAAAUCAUUUCAGAGUAAGAAAUAGGUAGAGAAUAAAUUCACAUUCCAUAUUAUUAUUUAGAUAUCCACAGCAAUAUUAGUAGGGCCCCGCUUUCUAAGUGACCACCCAUCUAACCCUUUCUAGGCUUUACAUUGUAAAUAAUCCUAUAAAUACUUCAAUUUUUUAAAUGACUCUGUCACAUGGGGAGACAGGUCUUGAACGGAUGUUUUGAGCUUUUUUUCAUUUUAGUAUGAUUUGCAGCAGCUCAGCUGCUAAGGUAGGGCUCCAACCCCUUCGCUUCCAGCCCUUGGAAUAUCUACCAUCUCCUUGACAAAACCAGAAUAAGAAAGUAAGCUAGGUUUUAUGUGUGCUUCUGCAUCUUUGCACUGACAUAGUCAGAGGUGUGUCAGAACAAGCUUCAUGGAAGAGCCCGUACAUACUCUUGAACUUAUUUUACUUCUUAUAAUUUUGCACCUGUAUAAAUAAAGCUCUUACUGCAUUCUUCUCUUCAUCAACCACUUGUGGUGAUGAGUGGCCUUUUCUAUGAGCAUUUGGAAGGAAUAAUCAUUAAAACUUUAAAGACAACACAUAGCAUGCUUCUAAGUUACAUUAUAUAAACCCCUAAAUGUUCAAACACAUAAUUAAAUAUAGGUGCAAAGUUAGCAAGAUGUUGAAAAGAAAACAUCCAUCAGAAUCUUCCAAGGAUACAGUCAAGAGUUUUAUGAGCCCCGUUCUUUGUCUGCUUGGUCACACCACUUGGGAGGAAUGGACGGGACAAGACAGCCCUCCGACAAAGGCUUCUCCCUGUGUAAUAACCUUAGGCCUGGGUACAAGUUGAUGUUAUGUACUGUGAGUUAAUAUAUGUGAUUGGGAAAUAGUUACCCUUUGCAAGCUCCGAUUAUGUGUGAAAAACAGAAAUAUAAACUACCAAACCUAUUAGGAAAUAAAAACAUACGAUAAAAGUAGAUUAAAUCUAAUUACUACAUACUUGAGGUUGGCUCUGGAUACGGAUUUUCUAAAAAAAAAAAAAAGUGAUGUUUUAUUGUUUAUCAUCGAAUGGCUGUAAACUGUAGUACUACAAUAAAAAAAAAAGUGAAAAAUCAGCUUUUCCUCUGCCUGGUUCACCUUCAUCUUUUCUCUAGAAUUUCUUUCUUUGCCAUCUUUUUUCCUUCCCAUCGUUUCCUCCCGUGUCCUACAAAGUUUGUUUUUUUCUUCCUACCUUCUUCUUGCCUGGGUUAUUUUGUUUUGUGUUGUGAACGUGGUCUUCCUCCCACC